AUGUCUGGAGAUUCUUGUGAUAAAAAUAUUAUGAAACAUCCUUCAUUUGGGGUCAUCAGUGCAAUUCAGGAAGCACAGGAUUGUUUUGGAGGGGAGAGAAAAAUGAACAUCACCAUGAUGGUCAUCACCAACCUCAUUACGAUGUACGAAGCCUUGAAGAACAAAGAAGGAAUAAAUCAGAAGCAGGACUAUGAUCUGAUAAUGUGCACCGUGGAUGACCGGGUGACACGGGUGGCCUGGUUGAACCGCAGCACCAUCCUGUAUGCCGGGAAUGACAAGUGGUCCAUAGACCCCCGCGUGGUCAUCCUCUCCAACACCAAAACCCAGUACAGGGCCAUACACCUGCUCUGUGCAGACAGACAAUCACCCCAAAACCUCGCGCGUCCACCUCAUCGUGCAAGUUCCCCCCAGAUUAUGAACAUCUCCUCAGACAUCACCGUGAACGAAGGGAGCAGCGUGACCCUGCUGUGUCUCGCCAUUGGUAGGCCAGAACCAACAGUCACCUGGAGACACCUGUCCAUCAAAGGCCGGGGCUUCGUGAGUGAGGAUGAGUACCUGGAGAUCUCCGGCAUCACCAGGGAGCAGUCCGGGGAGUAUGAAUGCAGUGCCUUGAACGACGUCGCAGCCCCGGAUGUGCGGCGAGUCAAAAUCACAGUGAACUACCCUCCUUACAUCUCUAAUGCCAAGAACACCGGGGUCUCACUUGGCCAGAAGGGGAUCCUAAGCUGUGAAGCCUCCGCCGUCCCACUGGCUGAUUUUCAGUGGUUCAAAGAGGAGACAAGGCUAGCCACUGGACUGGAUGGAGUGAGGAUUGAGAACAAAGGCCGUAUGUCCACGUUGACGUUCUUCAAUGUUUCAGAAAAGGAUUAUGGGAAUUAUACCUGCGUCGCAACAAACAAGCUGGGAAACACCAACGCCAGCAUCACCCUGUAUGGCCCCGGAGCCGUCAUUGAUGGGGUAAGCUCAGCCUCAAGAGCACUGGCCUGUCUCUGGCUAUCAGGGACCCUCUUCGCUCACUUUCUCAUCAAGUUUUGAUAAGAAAUCCUCGGGCUCUCAGAGCGACGCCUGGCUUCUCCAUACCACAGACUUUACUCUGCGCUGCGGAGGGCAAACCAGAUAUUUUUCAGCUUGAAUGAGUGGGGGUGGGGGAGGGGAGGGCGGGCAGGGCUCUACAGUGUGUAGAAUAAUCAAUCAUGGGUAUCUUUCAAAAUAGAAUCUGUUUCUUCAACCCCGGCCCCACCCUCUCCUCUGCCCAGCCCCACCUCGACCCCCUAGUUUCCGCGAUUAUGUAUGUCUCAGUUGAGCUGGUGAAACUCCCGGAAACACACAACCCCUGGAAACACACCUCAGGAUAUGACGCAGUGUGAGGCGAGAGUUACAUCUAGGUGUCCUCUUAUCUAAGUCUCUUAAGCUACCAGGUCAUUCUCCUUGUUGCAGUGAACACGCCCGUUCCAUGUUUCAAAGUGUCUGAUUACUCUGGGUUCACCUCUCUUCCAUUCGGGUGGAUAUUUAAUUCUCCUAGCCCCUUGCCACCCUUCCUCACACCCGGAGACCCCACAGUGGCUGGUCAGGGGUCACGGAGGAGGGGAAUUCAUCCAUACUGGAAGCAUGCCUGAUGAUUAAAGAGUUGGAAAGUUCUUCCGGUGGGAUCUCAAGAGAUGGGGCCAAGUCACCCUGUUAGAAAAGCAGAUGGCCAUCCAGUCAAUCAAAAAUGAUGAUUAGAUGGCUGGUCCACUGGCUCUUCUCUGGCUGUCCAUCAGGGAAAUCACAUGUCUAGCCAUCCACACAACUCCCCCCUUUAUCCAUGCAAUUAUCUACCCACCUGCCUUUCUUUCUAGCAAUCCAAUUACUCUAUUUAUCAAGCAACAUAAUGGUAGACUUUUCUUUGCAAGUCUCUCCCCUUCUAUACUCUCCCUCCUUCCAUCACUAUAAUCAUCUCUAAUCACCAACUGCCUCUCCCUCUCCACCCCUCCCUUAACUAACCUUCCAACGCCAACAUCGUCAUGGCUCCCCAGCAGUGCUACAUGGGCAAACCAAUUAACUCCCAGGCAAACCGCAAACCUAAGCAAUACCCCAACCCGUGGGUAGGGUGGAGAGGCGGAGGUCCCGUACACCAAAGCGGGCUGGGUAAUGCACCAAUGACAGCAGGGAUCUAUUGCUCUCACUCCCCAUCAGGGGCCUAUGCACCUCUAACAUUCCUCAAGACACAGUAGUUCCUGCAAAAACUUGGCUUGCCUUUGGACAUGAAGCCUCAAAAUUCCACCGGUCGGAAUCCUACAACCUCAUUUCUGCCUUUGGAGGUAGUGCAGGUUAGGCCUCAAAUCAACUAAAUCCAGAGCUCACAUUCCUGAGCAGAAAAAAUGAAAUUCCAGAAGGUAGUCUUCUAUUACUUCGGCAACCAAUGGACACCAACCGGCCAGUCGGCUCAGCUCUGUCUCUGUUGGCCAUUUCUGCUCCAGCGUCUGUUUGGUCUGCUUGAAACCCAUCUGUUCAGAAGCCGGGGGAGGCCAGGGAUGGGACUGGUGUGUUGACGAUGCUUGUGUUUGUUUCAGAAGCACUUCUGAGCCGAGGGCCCUUGAGCGACUGACUUAAUUUCUAAGCACUUGAUUAACACAACACUGCAAACAGAACGAGGGGGUGGGAGAGAAGGAAAGGGAACAGCAAAUUACUUCAGCUUUCCUCUGGCUGGGCUGCUCUGCUCCAGUUCUUUUCAGGAAGCAUGUUCCCAUCCCUCCCCUCCAAUCCCAGGUUUGAACCAAUAGUGGGGCUUGGGUUGCCGCACAUCUUGAACCUCUUCCGGGCACUUCCAUGGCCAAACCUAAAUGACUAUAAUUGAAGCCCUGCCUAGAGUGAGGGACUUGGGGGAAUCCAUGUUUUGGGGGCCCAACCGAGGAAGGACUGGCAAGCUUCCUCCAACCCAAAGCUCCUUCUGCCUCCCCGUUACCCGGGGGAUUUGGGUGAUGCCCUUAACACCCCUAUCAUAGAGUUCUCUUAAGGUUUAAUUUUUUUGUCCUCUGGCCAACUUUUCCCAGAUGCCUCUUUGGCAGAGGAUGGUCCCAGGCCUUCCAGCCCCCAGCAAAAUAGCUCCAGGCACCACUGUCUCCAAAGUGUCCUCAGCCUGCACCAUGCUGGGCUCCCCAGUUGGGAUGAAUGAAUUUUGAGUCACCUAACUCAGAGGAGUGAUUUUCAUUCCCUAACAGAUUCCCUGACGUGGGCUACUGGCAAUACAACACAUUUGACCAAAACAACCUGCCUCUUCUGGUUCCCCUAGAGAAGUGAUGAGGUCUGGAUUCAAGGGCGCAUAAACCAUUUCAGACCUCCCUGUCCAUGCAACUCUUGAGUAAUUAGGGUCAGAGUCAGACACAUUGCAUGUAGAACUAAAUGGAAUAUGCUGAGAGCUCUAUUAAUAAACAAGAUACAUUUCUUUGCUGCUAACUGAAUGUGGGAGGAAAAAGACCUUGACAGCUCAGGUUGAAUGUGUAAGUUGGAUGCAUUUUACACUCAAUGAGAAUAGGUUGUAACUUUCUCUUUCAAGGAGAGGGCUUCCUCCUCCCACCCAGGAAGGCCGCAAAAUGGGUCCCUAGAAACAUGAGACCAAAAUUGGAACUGGUCUCCUCCAGACUUGCCCUUCCUCAGAACUAUAGGACCUUUACAUGUCAGCCCCCACACUUCCACCCUGGGGAAGACUGAGUUCAGAUGUGGAAAUCAAAGAGGGGAGAACAGGGUUGGGUAGGGGCAGAAGGGGGGUGAGGAAAGUUGAACACAGUUUUAUGCAAAACUCACGAGGGGAAAGCUCACGAAGGAGCUGUGUAUUGACAACUAUGUGGAAGAGGAGGAUGAAUGACAUUACAGAAGCCCUUGGUCUUCUGCUCUUCCAGGGCUAACUGAGAUCACAAAAUCCAACUCAGAAUAGACAAGCUGCUGAGUUUUUCCGACAAAGAAUAGCAGAUUGUUUUCCUCCUCAGAGUAGGUGAUCCACGGUGAUGGAUGGCUGCACAUCAACUUGCUUUUUGACUCUGGAAAUAAUCUGCUGAGGAUAUUUGCUCUCAGUCGCCACUCAUUGAGAUGUGGGUAGGGAGACCCACAGGGUCUUCCUCCACAUCAUCAGCUAUUCAUAAGCCACUGUUCUUCCCAAUUAGGCCAGGCUGGAAGGGACCCCCACUGGUACUGACCAAGAGAUCCAUUCAGGCAGAAUCUAGUACUAAGAGGCAACAGAGUCACUUUGAAGACCCAUUCCCUUCCCCCUAAAAAUACUGAAUACUUCCACCAAAGUAAAGUCAAGGAAAGUGCUAGCAUAAGGCUAUUGCCAAGCUUGCUCAGUAGUUUAAUGUCAAGUGCCUGAUACUGUCAUCUUGCAAGUCCAAGUAGGUUUUAUUUUUCAUGACUUUCGGAGGUGCUGUGGGGGCCGGAGAAUCAUCCAUGAGUUUGAAGGUUUAGAAUGUUGGAACAUGGUGCUCGGUAGAUUUUGGCAUGAUGUUGAACCAACGGAAAUAUGGGGCCUUGAUGUACCCAAGGGUCCUUGCCCCACCUCCCUCUGUAGCUUGGGCUGCCCUUUGGAAACCUGCUAAGGAGCGGUAAGAGUGUGCCCCACGGCUUUGGCUGGACCAGGUUCAGGUCAGGGUAGAGGGUCUUGGCACCAUCGGGUCUGAACCCACCACUGUCAACCUACCCUCAACACCGAGGACCUGAGGUCAGAAGAGACACCAAGCUGGACAAGUUGUAAGAAAGCUGGCAGAGGGCAGCUGAGAGCUUGUCACUGCAUCGGAGAGUAUUUGUAAGUGACUACACAUUGGUCAGGGCAAAUUCUCCCACUUGGGGUUCUGCCCCUGUCAUCCAGUCCAGGUGGUGAAUGGCCUCUAGCCCACCUCACUCAGCUGGAAGGGGGUGAGCAUGGGGGUUUCCUUCCUUAGUUCUGGCAACGAACCCUCCCCAGGAGAAAACUGCCGGGGCUAGAUGCAAACCCAGGCCAUGGAAGAAAAGACUUUACUGACAGGGAGAUUUGUGGGGAAGCAGCUCCAAAGUUUCAUCUGGUGGCAAAUGGGAAUUGUCCUCCAACAAUGGGAACUGGUUCAUUCUUCGCUUCUGACCAACCCAAGGUCUUGCGGUGCCUCAGUCUCCAUCAACUUGUCACUCACUCCCAACUGCUCCAGAAAUAGCAGAAGAGCAUGAGCCCUCAUCGGGGAACCUUGCAGGUGUGAGGCGAGAAAAGCAGUGUUUUCCAACGGUUCCUGUAGGAUGAUGAGUCCUAAUGAGAUGAGAAAACCCAGGCCAGUUCCGCUGUCCCUUGUUUUCUUUGCUGAGGGGAAGAGAAAUAGGUGAAAGGAGGGAGAAUUACAUUGGCAAUUACAAGAUGAGGCAGGAAAGUAUGGCAGAAACCAGUGUGAAUUGUCGUUCAGGUGCUCAAAAGGGAGUCCGAAUCCAUGUUGAAUGGGCAUAAUCAGAUGUGAUUGUCUUCAUCGUGAUAGAGCUGGCGGUGGCCACCUGGAACGGGUUCCUGCUGUUAAACCCCUUCUCAAAGACUCAGAAUGGUUCCGCUCCCAUCAUGGCUGAGGGUGAGGGUUCUUCACAAGCCUUGCUCAGCUACACCUAACAUUAUCUGGCAGAGUGAAAAUACUAAUAAAGCAGAAGAAUUGCUCUCCGUGUGUUAGGCAACGGGAGCAUUUUUAAUCAUUCAACUUUCUUGUGACAUGUAAAGUGCAGUUGUGAGGAACGUGUGGGUGUCUGAAAAUGUUAUCUGUCAAGUUCAGAGUCCUCUAGGUUUUAACAAAGUUCUCUAUGACUUAUCAAUGGUUCAGUUCUAGCUGUAAGACUAUGGGUAUGCACAGUCUCACAAUUAUCUUAAAAAAAAGAAAAUCGAUGUUCAAACGCUUGAAAAAAAAUGAUCACACGAAUUAUUAAAAGAAAAAAAAGGAAAACUGUCAGCCUUCUAGGGUUAUUUUAAUUUUGUUAUUUUUCUUCUUUCCAAAAGCAACGAAGUCUUGAUUUCCGUCAGUUGUAUUAAGGGUGACUAUACUACCUGAAUUUUGUGCAUGUUACAUUGUAGUUGUAACCUUUUCUAAUUCAGGAAGAAUAAGAGAUGGUUGUGAUUGUGCAGUGUAUCAAUAAAGUUCAAAGAAAUUUGUA